AUGAAUGAUCUUUUUAGUGGGGUUUUAGGUGGCAGAGGUGGUGAUGUCGGAGUGUCACUUGGCUGCAAUGAAGGUGGUGGUGAUGGGAAUGUGAACCAUGUUGGUGAGGAUGAUGCAGAAGAGAAUGAUGAUGAUUAUGCCAAUAUUUCUAACAAGAAGCAAUCAUGUCAAUAUGGGAUUAUCUUCUUCAAAUUCGCCACUUUUCCAGUCAAUCAGAAGCAUGUCGUCUGCUUAACUCUUCGUCUUGCUUAUGCAACUGAUGAAAUGGGAUUAAAAGAAGCUUUUCAGCAAUAUGGAGAAGUGAUAGAUGCUAGAGUUAUCACUGAUCGUGAUUCUGGUAGAUCUCGAGGGUUUGGAUUUGUUAGUUAUACAUCAGCUGAUGCAGCUAAUUCUGCUCUUCAGGAUAUGGAUGGAAAGGAACUUCAUGGUAGAAGGAUUAGAGUGAGUGUUGCCCAAGAGAGGCCCCGCCCAUCAUUUGGUGGCGGUUAUGGCGGCCCUGGUGGCGGUGGAUAUGGAGCUGGUGGUGGUGGCGGAUAUGGAGGAGCGGGUGGUUAUAGUGGUGGUGGAUAUGGUGGUGGGAAUCAAAAUGCUGGUGGCAGGAAUGAUCUUUUCAGUGGGGUUUUAGGUGGUGGUGGCGGUGAUGCAGGAGUGUCACCUGGCGGCAAUGAAGGUGGUGGUGAUGAGAAUCUGAACCAUUUUGGUGAGGAUGAUGUAGAGGAGAAUGAUGAUGAUUAUGCCAAUACUUCUAAUAAGUGAAGAUGUGUAUAUGACUCUACUAGUGGUUAGAAUCUGUUGGACUAUUAUACCCCUGUGGUGAAUAAAGGCGGUGAUUAUGGCGGUAGUGGUGGUUUUCCGGUGGAGGAAAUAGUACAGGGGAUGUUUUUUGGUGACUUGUGUUGAUGUUUUCAUUGUUUUGAUUGGAAAACUGAAGUGCUCU